GCUACCGGCAUCACGCUUUGUUUGUAAAUUUUGCGGAGGGGCGAUGGUGAUUUACAAUUUGUACAUAUUCAGCCAGAAUGGCACUUUCCUUCACUACGCCGAGUGGAAACGAAACAAGAAUUCUGGCAUGUCCAGAGAUGAGGAAGCAAAGCUCAUGUAUGGAAUGGUGUACUCACUCAGGUCAUUCAUUGUCAAGAUAGCUCCGACAGAUUGCAAAGAAGGCUUUAUAAGCUUUAAAACCAACAAAUACAAGCUGAACUUUUAUGAAACGCCCUCUGGCCUUAAGUUUAUUAUGAAUACCGACCUAACUGAAGGAAAUGUGAAGGAUUUGCUUCACGACAUCUAUCAUCAGGUGUACGUGGAAUAUGUCGUGAAAAAUCCAGAGUGUGAACUUGGAAAACCCAUUACCAGUGAACUGUUCAAGGAGCAGUUAAAUGCAUUCAUUGCAAAGAGCCCACUUGCAAAGUGAAGGCCAACAAAGACCCAUGUCCUGAGCUACAUUACGCUGUGUUACACUCACAUUAUUUUUGUAUAUAUUGAGAUCAAGAAGCAAAUGUAUUGAGUCGUGAUGUUUUGCACAUCCAUUAAAAUUGCCUCUGCACCUUCAGCUGA